AUGGAUGCAAAAUGGAUUCCAUAUCGGAUCUCGUGGCAUUUUGCCCUGAUCCUCGAAUUGACCUGCAUUGAUUCACUUCGCGACUCAGACUUUGACUUCCGCACGCUUACGAUGCUCGGCACGCAAGUUUUUCGAAAGACCUCCCAAGAGGAGUGCCCAGAGAUCUGCACUUCGCCUUCGGGCCGCAGUGGUUCCUACGAGCUGCACGGAGAAGCCGCCAGAAGCCUUGGAAAGGCCAAGUACUUCGUGAGCGCCAACUGUGCAGAUGCCUCGGCCGAUUCUAGCCCAAAGGCCAACGUGGACCCGGUGAAUGGCUCGUUCGUGGCAGUCUUCGUAGACCCCGUCCUUAUUAACAAGAUGCGUGCUGGGACGUCGGACAAAGCCAAGCUCUGUGCAGCUCAGAGCGACGAUACCCAUUGCGUUUGCAAGCUGAGUGGUGAACGGCCGCUGGGCGUGCUGGGACGCAUGUUGGCGGCACUCCCCCACUCCAAGAAAGCGCAGGCGCUGCAGAUUUCCAUGGAGAACUGCCCGGAGGGGGUGCCGGACCUCCUGGCUGGCACGGUGCUGGCAAGCCUCGUGCUGAUUCUUGGGGUGUCCGUCCGGAUGGUGUGCAUGUCUGCGGCAAGCGAGAAGCUGGAGGAACCCAAGCCGGCGACGCUAAAUCAGAGUUUUGUCAGGGUGAAGAGCCCGAUGCAGAACUUCCUCAGCAGCUACUCCUGGGCAGCCGGCUUUCUCCUCUCCUUGAUGGCCUUGCAGACGGGAGCCUUGGCAGUGGUCCGGAAGUCCUCCGAAGAGGAGGCCCCCGUGUGGAUCGUCGCAGCCUGCCCUGCCGCCCUGGCGCUUGCGGCUGCCCUGCGCCUGUCGCAGCUUCUCGUGAAGAAGCAGUUGGUGCACGCGUUCCUGAAGUGGGACGUGAUCAUCACCGAUUUGCCGGAUGACGUUAUCCUCGACGCCGUGCUCGUGGUCGCAAUCCUGGCGUACUUCCUCUUCAUCCUCUACCUCGUAAGCAUCGACCUGCAGACACUGGUGGUCGCCUUGACAGCUCUGGGCAGCGCAUUGUGGACCGUCCUCAAGGCCGUGAGCACUGCGCGGGACCUGGACAAUAGUCUCGAGACCGUGGAGAUGGGCUCUUCGUGCCUGGUAGCCGGCACGGUAAGGCUCGAAAUGAAGCCACUGCCCUGGGCCACGCUGCUGGCUCUCAAGGAACCGCAGGACCACGUGCUUGUCGCACAGAGAGCAGUUCACGUGGAGUAG